GACACCGGCCGGCACCGACGGCCGUCGCGACGCUCCGCGACGCGUGUGUGCGUUGGUUCGUGCAUUCGCAUCGUUCGCGUAAAGAUACGGGAGUAAAAGGGGAUAAUAAGAGGAGAGAGAUUCGUCUGCGGCGAGAGAGAAAGAGAAAGAGAAAGAGAGGAGCGCGUCGUGCGACAGGUACGAGGACGAUCGCCGGGCUUUACCGGCGCGACGUGUAUCCAGUGGCGAUCGAGACGAGGGGGUUGCGUCGCGAAUUCCCUGCGAGAAAAACCCGGGGAUCUAGUGGCAUCCGUGAAACGGUCUUCGGAUUCUCAGCCGCCUCGAUUCCCGCCUCGAAUCGAGGCGCGGAAGGGUAACGUUUUCCCGAAGGGCAACGCGUCGCGACGCUUUUUCUCUUAUUGAUUCAGCCCUUUGGUUCGCGGCCCGUGGCGCGAUCGCUCGAUAAGUUGCGUGUUCGCUCGCACGCACCGUGAGACGUGUACUUUCGGCGCCGAGUCGCGCCAAGUUUGGCCUAUCGAUCAGAAAUUACUCUUCACGAAUGAUUAAUCGUUUUCCUCGCGCGAUAAAAUAUUGUCUCAUUCUCUUCGGAGUCGCUUGCUUGUUGCUUACGUUACACGCUACGGCCUCUUGAGGGCUGAUCUUUCCUAGGAAAUAAAUUUUAUGCUUAGUUGUGUAGAUUAUUCGAGUGUCAUCAGAGCUCGCGUGAUCGAUCAUCGCGUUGUGAAGAGUGUCUCGGGCCGGUGUACCUCGAAUCUAGUCUGGUGCUAAUAAUCGGGAAUAAUUAGUGAUAUAACGGAUUAAGAUAGAGUGUCUCGCGUGUGUCGCGUGGUGAUCGACAGGAUUCCGCUGGAGCAUGCGACAGUAAGGACUUAUCAAGCCCAGCGACACGUGCAUGUUUAUCGCCGGACGAUGGCUGGACUACGCUACGUUUCCCGGCUCUUCGUCAUCCUGGAAUACCUGUCGGUCGUUCUGGUGCUCGCCCAGAACCCCGUGGAGGACAAGACCACCUUCGAGGCCGCUUUCCAAGGAAGAUGCGGGCAUGGAUCGCCAUGCGAGCAGCUCUGCUACGAACUUCACGACGGCAUGUACGAGUGCGUCUGCAAGGACGGCUACAUACUUCAUAAAAAUGGAUACAGCUGCGCCGAGCUCAACUCGACGUCGCCAUCAACGAGCGAACUUGGCGACCUCGCCGACGAGGCCGAGAGCGAUGAGACAGACAAUGCGGACAAUGCGGAUGAUGAGGAUGCGGUCGAGGACAUCCUUUAUAUGCGCGGUGCCACCUUUACGAUACAUCUGGAUGCCCCAGCCGAGAAUUCUACCGCGGACGCGACGAAGAUAAACGAGGGGAACGGCGUGGAUCGGAUCGAGCUGCGCGCCACGUCUCAGGGUCCAAAUCUGGAGCAAAAACUGCCAUCCACGAUGGAAAGCAUCGUGAGUACCGAGCCAGCGUGUUCCUUGGACUGCGGACCAGCUGGAAACUGUUAUAUCGAACAAUCUCACGCGGAUGAAGUUGAUGUAAUUGAGGAUGACGAGGACGGAAUCGUGGAUCUGGAGGGUAAUACCGUGAAUCUUAGACGAAAGCAAGGAACGUUCAGACAGAGAUGCCAGUGUCCUCUUGGAAGGGGUGGUGAUCGUUGUCAGCUCGAGGCUGAAGUGAGAUCGCCGCGUUUUACUGGAUCAGGCUGGCUGGCUUUUCCUGCCUUAAGAGCCGCUUACAAACACGUGCAAUUGGAGCUGGAAUUUCGGCCCGAAGCGUGGGAUGGGGUGCUUCUAUUGGCGGGAGAACGAGAUGAUCUUCAGGGUGAUUUUAUGGCUUUGAUACUUCAUCAUGGCUUUAUCGAAUUCAGGUUCGACUGCGGCAGCGGUGUGGGUACGGUCAGGAGCACGGAAACGGUGAAGCUGAAUGAGUGGAACACUCUGAGUGUCUACAGACAUCGAUGGGACGCCUGGAUCCAGCUGAAUCAGGAGAAAAGGGUGGAGGGACGAUCGAAGGGAUUAUUCUCGAGAAUUACGUUCCGCGAGCCGCUCUUCGUCGGCGGACCCGGAAACACGACCGGUUUGGAGCGACUUCCGGUGAGGACCGGAUUUAAGGGCUGCAUCCGGCAUUUGGAGGCGAACGAGCAUCACUAUCGUUUCCCAUUGGCCCCGCAGGGUGACGCUGCCAACGGAUUUGACGUUGAGGAGUGCACGGCCGACAGGUGCAGCAAGGUGCCGUGUUCUCACGGUGGAAAAUGCCUGACGACCGGAGGCGACACCGCUGUCUGUCUCUGCCCGCUCGGCUACACGGGCGAUCUCUGCGAAACCCGGGUGGACCUGCAGGUUCCAUCCUUCAACGGAUCCUCUUACCUACGUUAUCCGGGAUUGGCGGACACGUCGCUGUCGUGGCUGGAAUUGUCCGUCACGUUAAAACCGACGGCGUCGGACGGGGUGAUACUCUACAACGGGCAUCACAGCGACGCCACCGGUGACUUUAUUGCGCUCUAUCUCUCCUCAGGCCACGUGCAGUUCACUUUCGACCUCGGAACAGGACCUGCCACUCUGAGGAGCGAGAAUCCGGUUCGUCUCGGCGAAUGGGUCGAAGUUCGAGUCUCUAGGACAGGUCGUUUGGCUUCCCUGGAAGUUGAGGAAGACCCAGCCCAGGAAAUCCUGGCGCCUGGGGCGUUCACGCAAUUAUCCUUACCGCUGAACCUCUAUUUGGGUGGCGCGCCAUCGUCCGACAUGUACUCGCCGAAGAUGAAAACUACGGCCAGCUUCGUCGGCUGCAUUCAGACGAUCGUGCUGAAUAAUCGCGAGGUGGGCAUUCUAGCCGAGGCGCUGGGUGGGGUGAACGUGGGCAAUUGCGGGCACGCGUGCGAGGCCAGACCCUGCGGCGAUGCGGAAUGCCGGCCUCUCCGCGAGCGAUUCACUUGUCGGUGCCGUCCGGGUGUACCGCACCCGUGUCCGGCGCUGGACGAUUAUACGCGGUUGGUGCCACCACCUCCUCCUAGAGCCAACAGCAACGCUGUGACGUCCACGAGAUACGAGAGAGCUGUGCCCAGCUUCACCGGCAGCGAGAGCUAUCUGCAUUACAAUGAUGCUGAUACGAUGAAAAGGAUAAUCAGCUACAGAGUGGACAUCAACAUGAGAUUCCGCGCCAGCAGCAGUAGCGGCCUGCUACUUUGGAGCGGUAGACAGUCGGAUUCUCAGGAACAAAAGGAUGAAAACGAUGAUUUCCUCGCCCUCGGUCUGGAUCACGGUUACCUCACUCUCGCGUAUAAUUUAGGCUCCGGGGAGGCCGUGCUCCGAUAUAAUCUCACGCGAUUGGAUGACGAUCUGUGGCAUCGUAUCAGAGCUGUUAGAAACGAGCAAUGGGCAUCUCUCGUAGUAGAUAGUGGUACUGGAGUCUCGGCAUCUUCCCCGGGACAAUUGAGACAAUUGAAUACCGAUACUGGUCUUUACGUUGGCGGUGCACCGGACAUCGUGAGGACAACGGGUGGCAGAUACACGAAGGGCAUCGUAGGUUGCAUCAGCGACCUUGUAUUGGACUCGGACUUCUCGGUCGCCCUGUCGUCGCCCGCGCAGGCGACCAACACGCACUCGUGCAUCCCAUGAAAGAGAGAUAUCCGUGCCGUCCGACGUCAGGUAGUGGUGUUGUCGGGUCCAUCCCGAAGUUAGGAUAUGAAAAUUUAAGGAUAACGAAUCGCAUCGCGGCGAAGUGAAUCGCGAGAAAGAGUGCUCCGCGCGAGAGUGCAUCUGUGUCUUUCGCGCAUCCCGCGCGCGGUUCAUCACUUUUGUACAGACUCAUCCUUCCACGGGUGGAACUUUCGAGAAGAUGGAAAUCGAGUGGAUCGACAACCGACCGGUCGUCGUGCGAGUGCCAUCGAGUGGUACAUAUAUAGGCGGCUUUACUGUAAAUAUUAAUAGGGCGAUCCGCGCGGAGAGAUGUCUAUCGCUUGCCUCGUGGCAUCGAUCCUCGGUGCAGCGACUUUCUGUCGGUUCAUAUAUAAACUGGUCUCGCAGAAGAAGGUUCGAUCAAGGACGUUAGAUAAACGAGACUACCAAGUGACUUUCUUACAGAAUUACGAAGUAUCGCAAAAUUAUGAAAGGUUAAGUGAAUAUUGAUUUAUUAAUUAUCAUAAAGUCGUUAAAUGAAAUGGCCGAUCAUUGGAACCUGACUUCAUCGUUUUAUUCAAAAGUCGGACUAAUUACUUUACUUGAUCGUGCUUUUCAAUAAUUGACAUUAUCGAAAAAAGAAUCGUUUUUUGAGAGAACUAUUUGUAUAAUUUAUAAGAU